AUGGUUUUACGGGGUAAAUGGGCCUUGUUCGACACCAUGAUGCUCAUGGCAUGUGAGGUCUUGUUCAGCACCGACCACGUCGCUGCGUUCUUAAGUCAUUCUCCUAUCUAUCUACAUAACUCCCCGGAAUUCCGGCCAUCACACCUGGGAGUGCAUGAAAGGCCCAAAGGGGGAAAUCAGCAGAAAGGCCUAGGCCUUGCUGGUCAGAGUUACAAAGUCCCUGACAAUGUCUUCCAAGGCCAAUCGCUUAAGGCUUCUCGUCGCGACUGUCCAUUCUCCACCGCCAUUUGUAUCCCUUUUAUGCCAACGCGGUGUCCAGGAUGUACGAUCAGUAAACGCCCAGAGAUAAGAGGUGAUAUCUUUAUGCAUCCAGCGGAGUGCCAUAUUCUGCCCCACCCCUAUCUCAGCUUGAGCUGA